GCGUCCAGUCCAGAAGCGGAACGAGACCUCGCUCACUGGCAGUCCAUCCAGUCCAUCUUCAAUCUUUCUAUACUUCGGUGACUAGCAAAACAAAACAAACAGCUCUUUUGGCUCGCGCACAGGCAACCGGUCUAUCAGUCUACCAGAUCUUGUAAACACCGAGCGCGUUUGAUUCUUGGACCCAGGAAAAUGGCGACAGCAGCAGAGCCCACCAUCCCACCCCGCCUCCACCCGCAGGAGAUCUCCUUCCCCCUGCCCAAGGCUCUCCACACGACAGCACACAUUCAUCUGACCCUGUUGGACACAUGUGCGAUGGUGUUUCUGGCCACGUCGACCCCGGGCGACUCGGCGGGGACCGUGAAGCCGAUGGGGAGUUUGAUCUACGCGAUGCCUGAUCUCAAAUCCCCCACCACCCCCCUCUCAACAACAAUCUACUCCGCCCCCAGCAGCGUGGAAUACACCACCCGCGUCGCCAAGAUCCUCGCCCGCAGGCUGCGCACCCCCGUCUACGUGGGGAGCAGCAUCGACCCGACCUCGCUGGGGCUCCAGGUCGAGGAGGAGAUGGAGGGACUACGCCAGAUCGUGGAGGCGGUGGUGAAGCGGUGGGAGGCUGCGAGGCAGUGAUGUCGUUCCCUCUUUCGCACGCACAAAGUGCUGACUGGGGUCUGUGUAUCAGGCGGUGGAGGAGGGGAUGAGAGCGGGACUGUGCUAGCGAGCGGGGGUUUAUAGAUCCUAGGUCAUGGUGUCUCGAAUGCGAUCUUAUGUUUUUGUUCAGAUGUUGUGGGGUUUCCUUUCUAUCUGAUAUUGGGUCUGAGAGGGAUGGCGUGGUGGUCGGCGUGGGUGAUGGUUUUCGGGUUUUGAGGAAGUAGUGGAGACCUUCUGUGGAAGGUUGCGAGAUCUUUCAAGGGUUGAUGGUCUGGGAUGCUUGAGAUGGUAUUGAUAUGAGAUUUGACAGUAGAAG